AUGUCAACUAAGCCGGAUAAACGUAACGAACCCCAACCCGUUUCAACAAUACCCGUCACUUUAAUAACACCAGCACCCAUAAGCAUCAAUAGUUCAUAUUUGUCCCAAAUUCCAGAAUCGGAAUUAGACAAUUUUAGAACUGCACUAAAAGAACAGGCCAGGAAUAAAACAUGGGAGACUUUAUAUAAGAUUGAGGAAGAGAUUAACAAAAUGAUCCGUGACUUUCCAGAUGUCAAAACGGCCUUAACAAUAUGCGAAUUGUUGCAGCCUUCGUCAAAUUCAAGGGCGAAAGACACACCAAGACCUCAGAAUCCUUUUAUGCUUUAUCGUAAAGAUUUAUCAAAGGUCAUUUCUAAAAUUUACAAACCGAUCUCUGUGGGUCAGUCGUCACGCUUGGCCUCGGAACGUUGGAAGCUCUUAGAUAGUGACUCAAAAUUGCUUUGGUCCAGAAUGUCUAAAGUUGCAAAAGAUUUACAUACCGGUUUGUACCCUGAUUAUAAAUAUACGCCUGUUAGAAAUCAUAAAAAAUCGGACAAAAGAAAAGGUCGUCGUUGUCGUGCUUCUUCUGAUUUUUCCCUAAACAAUAAUUUGGACUAUGAAAAUAUAUUUCAGUACAUGAUUAAUAAUACUGAUAAUAACGCUGAUGCCGGCACCAGCGCUAUUACCAACGAUAAUGACAAUGACAGGCCAACAAAAGCCAACGUAAAUUUCGAUCAUCCUGCUCUUAAAGAGGCUAAUGGUCCGGCGCGCGUAACGAAAAUUAAAAACACUAAGCUAAAGAAAAAUAAUUUGAGAAAUCGAACCACAGAUGAUGAUUUCUUAUUUACAAAUAACUUUAUAACCCAGCAGCAACAACAGGAACAAGUGGAACAGCAGCAACAACUUCAACGAACCCAACAAAAUAUUUUUUAUCCCUUUUAUGGUUCUAUACAAGAAGCACCCACAACUGAUGCAACGUUAAUAACAUCACCGUUGUUAUCAUCAUCACAAUCUGCCACAGCAUCACCAACCUUAAGCUUUAAAAGAAAAAGAAGAUGUUCCAAAUCUUCUAUAACUCAAAUAUUAUUUAACCCUUAUUCAUCAUUGUUAUCAACUCAAAUCAUGCCACAAUUAUCUCAACAAGCAUCUACUUUUCUAACUCCAAACCAAUUUAGUUCGAACCCAUCAUCAUCGUCAUCAUUGUUGCCUAUAACACCAUCUACAGCAACAAUAAUAGACGAGCAUCAAUAUUUGUCAAAUUAUGCAAUUAUGAAUAACACAUUAGCAAUGGAAACAGCAACAGUUGCGAAUAAUUUUAAUCACAAUUAUGAAGACAUGAUUUUUCAUGAAUACUUUAAUGAUAAUAAUGAUUCAUUAUCGUCAACAACCACAACCACAACCACUACUCUAAUUGAUCCAUGUUUAUUGGAUGAAACGGCAGAUUCAUUAUUUAAUUUAAAAUUAGAUUUUUUAAAUUAG